GCGAGGCUUCCUGCGCUGCCGCCGCCUUCCCCGGGAGCCAACCGCGGGCUGCGGCCGCCCGGCGGGGUGAGCGGGACAUCGCGCCUUAUGCAACCGGCUCAGGGAGCGGCCGCCGCCGCCUCGCCGGCAGCCACAGCAGCAGCAGCAGCCCCAGCAGCAGCAGCAGCCCGGUGCUGUGCGUGAGUCCCGGGGCCGAGGGGGAAGGAGGUGUCCGGGCUCAGCCGUGCGCGGGCAGCGCAGGCACUCCCGCCCCGCUCCCGCCGGGCCGUCCCGCAGGUGCGGCCAGGCUGAGGCGGACGGCGGCUGCGGCCGUGCCGGGCCGGGCCGUGCCGUGCCGGGCCGUGCCAUCGGAGCUCCCUGUCUCCCUUGCUCCUGAGCGGUGUUGGCCCGGGCGUCCCGCUGUGGAGGAGGUGAGGGCGGGAAGAGCCUCAGCCCGUGCCGGCCUUCGCCUCCGCGCCCUGCCCGGCCGUGUGCCCGGCGGCCCGGCUGUGAGGAGAUGCGUGGCUGGGACGACCUUUACCCGCUCCCGGUGCCGCCCUCCUGGGUACCGGGGGCUGCUGUCGGGAUUCUUUCCUUGCACUUCAUGCAGAAACUCCUCUUCCCCUACUUCUGGGCCGACUUGAGAUACCUGCUCAAAGUGUUGACCUAUGGGCUGAGAAUGGAGAUGUACCGGCUGCAAGGGAGGGUUGUCACCGUCCUGGACAAGUUUGUGAAGCUGGCGCAGAAGCAGCCCCACAAACCGUUCCUCAUCUACGAAGGGACCGUUCACACCUACAGAGAUGUGGACCGCAGGAGUAACAGGAUAGCACAGGUCUUCCUGCAGCACGAGGCUCUGAAGAAGGGAGACACGGUGGCCUUGCUGAUGGGGAACGAGCCAGACUUCAUCCAUGUGUGGUUUGGACUGGCCAAGCUGGGCUGUGUGGUGGCGUUCCUCAACUUCAAUGUCCGCUUCAGAUCUCUCCUGCACUGUGUCAGUAGCUGUGAACCCAAGAUACUGGUUGUGGGAGCAGAUUUGCUUGGGACGUUGGAAGAAAUUCUUCCUAAACUUCAAAAAGAUGUUAGUGUUUGGAUAAUGGCCAAGGACUCCACACUUCCAAAUGUGCAUACCCUUUUAGACAAAAUAGAAGCUGCAUCUGAAGACCCUGUUCCUGUUAAUCGAUGCUCUGCCAACAACCUCAAGUCAGCUGUUUUAUAUAUAUUUACUUCGGGAACAACAGGUCUUCCAAAGGCAGCAGUCAUUAGUCAUUUACAGAUUCUUAAAGGAGCUGCUGGACUGUGGGCUUUUGGUGCUACUUCAGAAGACAUCAUUUAUAUUACUUUGCCUCUUUAUCACAGUGCAGCUUCUCUUCUUGGCAUUGGUGGAUGCAUUCAGCUGGGUGCAACCUGUGUGUUAAAAAAGAAGUUCUCAGCUAGUCAGUUUUGGAAUGACUGCAGAAGGUACAAUGUGACUGUCAUCCAGUACAUUGGAGAACUUUGCCGUUACCUUUGCAAUCAGCCAGUGGAAGGAGAAAAAAAUCACAAAGUCCGACUAGCAGUUGGAAAUGGAGUAAGAAAUGAUGUUUGGAGGGAAUUUUUGGACAGAUUUGGUGCUAUCAAGAUCUGUGAGUUCUAUGGUGCUACUGAAGGAAACAUUUGUUUCAUGAACCACACAGGAAAAAUUGGAUCUGUUGGGCGCACCAAUUUCUUCUAUAAGCUUUUUUUCCCAUUUGAUUUAAUCAAGUAUGAUUUCCAAAAAGAUGAACCAAUUAGAAAUAAGCAUGGUUGGUGUGAAAAAGUUAAGAAAGGUGAGGCUGGUCUUCUGAUUUCCAAAGUCAACGCAAAGAACCCCUUCUUUGGUUAUGCUGGCAAUAAAAGACACACAGAAAAGAAAUUACUCUGUGAGGUAUUUAAGAAGGGAGAUCUUUAUUUUAAUACUGGAGAUCUAAUGGUUCAAGACCAUGACAAUUUUCUUUAUUUUUGGGACAGGAUUGGAGACACCUUCAGAUGGAAAGGGGAGAAUGUUGCCACUACAGAAGUUUCUGAUGUCAUUGCAAUGUUGGACUUCAUACAAGAAGCAAAUGUGUAUGGUGUGUCUGUGCCAGACCAUGAAGGAAAAGCAGGAAUGGCUUCUCUUAUUUUAAAGCAGAAUGCAUCAUUAGAUUUGGAGCAAAUGUAUAAGCAAGUAGUGACCUACCUACCGAGUUAUGCUUGUCCCCUUUUCUUAAGAGUCCAGGAAAAAAUGGAAAUGACAGGAACAUUCAAACAACAAAAAUUUCAACUUGUGGAUGAAGGUUUUAAUCCAUCUAUAAUUACUGAUCCCCUUUAUUUCUUAGACAAUUCUAAGAAAGCAUAUGUCUUGUUAACCAAAGAAUUACAUGAGAUGAUCUUAUGUGGGAAAAUGAAGCUUUAAUUAAUUGACCAUAUAAAAGGCUAUUAAGGGGGACAGUCUAUACAAGCUAUUGUAUGAGAAAAUAAUGCAAUUAAUUACCUAUUUAUACAUAGUUAUCCGGAAUAAUGUUUUUUAUAUUUGAUAUUUACAUUCAGAUGUCUUUACUUACUUGAUCAUUAUUUUUUACUAAUCACUUUUUACCUCUUGAGACAAAUUUCUAAGCAAAUAACCUGUAAAAUAUAACUGAAAUCUAUUUUAUAUUAACUUUGGAAUAUAAAUGCUGAAUCUGAUACUUUUUCUUAGUACUAAAUAAACAUAAAUGAUAUAUGGUAUGACACGUGGUGGAAAAAGAAUCGGCACAUAAGAUACCGUGCCACAUGUUGUGUCUAAAGACAGAAUAUAUGCCAGUAACAUAUUUUUUUUUCUGUAGUUUAUGUACUUCUGAAUAUGUAUUGUAGGAAGUAAAAGCUUAACACUGGUUGGAGGAAAAAGUAUUUUCUGCAGAGGACUUCUCUGAUGGAAUAUAAGAUAAAAGAAACCGAAGCAGAGGAAAGUCCUCCAUACAAACCCAAAUACUAACAUCAUUGAUGAAUUUUUUGUCUGUCAUAAUCUGUGCUCUUUCAUUUGUUAAACUGGCUGUUCAGAGUGUCAGAUUCUGAAGACAAAGCAAACUUUUGUGAAAUGUGUAGUAGCAGAUCAACAAUAGGCAGAGAAAAUCUGCACGCUUAAUGGGGAAAAUCAUUUAUAUAGCAUAACAAGAAUUAUUGCAGCACUUUAUGUCAUGCAUAUUGAGUACCAAAUAACUUCCAUAUUCUUUGUAAUGACUGCUAGAGAUCAUUAUUUCAUGAGUAUAGAAUAUAGGUGAAUUUUUAAAACACUAGAUUUUUAUGUUCUAAUAUUUUCUUUUUUUAAGUUUUAAAAUAAAGUGUAAGAUUAUUUAAACCAAAUACCA